AUGCAAGAUUAUUGUGAGGCUAUCUUUCAGCAGGUUGCUCUACAGAAGGGUAGUCGUCAGAAUCAACUCGGGGUAAAAUCAACUUUGCAAAUGCGGCGACGGUCAAUUGCGACAAUGCCAUUAUUUGCGUUGAUUGAAUAUGCACACGCAUUACGCAUUCCAGAUGAUGUAUUCGAAUGCAACAGCAUCAAAGAAAUCCAACGUGUUGGGACAGAGCUAGUACUAUUGCAAAAUGACCUGAUAUCGUAUCGGAAAGAGAAGGCACUGGGCGAAAGCCACAACAUAAUAUCGAUCUACCAACAAGAAGGAUACACCAUCCAAGAAGCAUUCAAUAAGGUAGAAAGAUCAUUGUCUACAUGUUACCGCGACUGGUAUCUCGGAUUGGCACAAUUACCAAGCUGGGGAGAAGAGAUCGAUUCGCAGGUCCAGCUGUAUAUUGAUGGUGUGCAGAAUGCUGCCUUGGCCAAUAUUCACUGGAGGUCAGUCAUUACUCUUCGCACAUCGAGCCAUCCGUGA